GAUGGCGAAGAGCCUCAUUUAAUCACUGGUGAUCGGGAAACUUUCAACGCGAUUUUGUCAAGUCAGCAAAAUAUCGAUAAAUUUCGUCACUACGAACAUUUCAGAGUUCAAAACACGACCAAUGUUGUAAACGGAAUAUUCGUAUCUUCCGGAGAUGACUGGCGGUUGAUACGAAAGAUGAUAAACCCGUGUUUCAGGACGAAAAUCCUGACAACUUUUGACGAAAACUUCUUCUAUCAUGUGAAUAUUUUUGUCGACCAACUUGAGCAGCACGUGAAUGGAGACGCAUUUGAUGUAUUUUUACCCGUCAAUUUGUGUACUAUAGAUUUAAUUUGUGAUAAUAUGAUACGCUCGCGGAUGGAUGUUCAGAAGAAAAACUUGGCGUAUCUUUCUCACUCCAUGACGCGGCUCUCUGAGAUGCUUUUUGAGAGGGCGUUUUCCCCAUUGCUCUGGUCAGACCUACUUUACAAGCUUGUCGGAAAAUGGAAACUUCACAAUGAAUAUCUCACUAAAGGGUUCAACUUCCUUGAAGAGAUACUGACGCGAAGAAUUGAAGAAAGGGACAAUUUCAAAGCCACUACAUCGGCUGCAGAGGGCGAGGGAACUUUUAUCGACGUUUUGUUAGAGAAUCUUGAUCUUAAGAUCAUAACAAGAGAUCACGUAUUUUCCGAGAUAACGGAUAUGUUCGUUGCUGGAUCCAUUACGACGGCAUUGACGAACUCAUGGGUGUUUAAGCUGCUGGCGAUGUUCCCUGAGAUACAGGAAGGAGCUUACCAAGAAAUCGUUGAAAACUGUACCGAUGGAAAAGUGACACCGGACGAUCUACCCAAGCUAGUUUACUUGGAAAUGAUCAUUAAAGAGACUCUGAGGCACUUCUGUGUCCCGGUCACUGGUCGACGAAUCACCGAGGAUUUAAAAGUCAACGAAGAACUCACCAUUCCAGCAGGAAUUCAGGUAUUUCUGUGCGCGUAUACGCUUCAUCAUGACCCGCAAUAUUGGCAAAAACCUGGAGAGUUCUACCCAGAACAUUUUUCUCCAGCCAACGAGGCUAGCAGACCCAAAGGAGCAUACGUGCCUUUCUUAAGUGGACCCAGGGCUUGUCCGGGUAAAACAUACGCAAUGAGAUCAAUCAAGUUCCUUGUUGCAAACACGUUAUUGAGAUUCAAAUUCUCAACGGACGAGAGACCCCCACCAGACGUGAGGGAUUUAGAUUAUCGCUUAAUUUUCAUGAUAUGGCCAACAUCUGGAUAUAACGUCAAAAUCAGCAAGAGGUGACAGUACUGUUUCUGUCAGGCGAGCAAUAUUUAUUGUCAGGAAAUGUUUGGUUCCUGGAUUAGACUCAACUUUUUGAAUGCAUCUUUACUUAUUUAUGAAUAAAUUUAGUCUAUUUAUGCAGGAA